UUAGGCACUGCAGCAACUACAAUCUUUUAACCUGACCCUGUGCUUAAAUCAGCUAAAGAAUGAACUGUACACUGUCUAUCAGUGGUAAUAAUCCUGAUUCUGAGAGAGAAAACAGCCAUGGAGGGGAUGAGGAUUGUUCGGUUUCCAAGCAUUACGAUUACUUAUAACUUGUGUUGGCUGCCAUUAGGCCAGGGCCUGGGCUCUAUUACAUUAUAAUGAGCUUCAUUGUUCUACAACAAGAACUCAUAACCAAUCAGCUGAGAAAUAAGAUACCCAAACAUCUGGCUUGGCAAACCUGAUCCCCGUGGCUUCCAGAAUGUUCUCCGGGGCCCUGGAGGCAAUCAAUUAUAGAGAAAGUCCAGGAGAGACCUGGUGCCAGGGAGGAUUGAGCUGUGUUGCUCUGCACUGUCUGGAACGGGGAGCUCCCGGGCGUUGGAAAGGUCGUAUUCUAGAGCGGCUGAUUCUGGAGAGUGCGCCGCAGACUGUCCUGGAGCUGGGAACGUACUGCGGGUAUGCCACCCUGCGCAUGGCCCGCGGCCUGGGUCUGGGCGGCAGGCUCUACACCGUGGAGAUGGACCAGAGAAACGCUGCCGUGGCUGAGAAGAUCAUCCGCAUGGCAGGAUUUGACGAGGACACGGUGGAACAGAUUGUCCGACCCUCCAAUGAGGUGAUCCCUCAUCUUCGGGAGAAGUUUGCAGUGGACAAGGUGGACUUUGUCUUCAUGAACCACUGGAAACGCAGUUACCUGCGAGACCUGAAGCUGUUGGAGGACUACAACUUGCUGCGGGAGGGCAGCGUGAUCCUGGCGGACAACGUCAUCUUCGCCGGCGCACCGCACUUCAUGCAGUACGCCAAGAGCAGCGGCAAUUACGCCUGGAAGCUCCACCGCACGCACCUCGACUACUUCCGCCACAUCCGGGAUGGUAUGGCAGAGCUCACCUACACAGGGCUCAAAUAGGGACCCUCAGUCGCAGCCUGGGGCCCUCACUGGGUGAGGAGAGAACUCGCACUCUGCAACAGCCGAGUGACCAAACCCGGACACGUUCAAACGGGAUCCAAAAACCCCACGACUCCACACUUCCUCCCAUCCCUACACUUUCCAUCUUCUGUCCCAGUCCAACCGUUCCUCCACCAUCUCCCCACCUCCCUUGGUCCAACCACUUCCUUACCUUCAGCCUACAGCAGGGGUUCCCAACCUGAAGUCCAAGGACCUCUUGCUUAGUGGCAUUGAUCCGUGGCCAGAAAAGGGGUUGGGAGCCCCUGCCCCAGAGUCAUAAAGGCAAAGACCACACAGCACAGGAACAGGCCAUUCGGCCCCUAAUGCUGUGCUGAACCAAUUAAAUUAGUGUCCUACCUUCCUCUCCAUUCCCUCCACUUCCUGCCCUGGUACUCCGGUUCCCGUCCCCCUGCCGAACUGGAUUAACUCUUCUGAGUAGUACCAGUGAACGUCCCAGCCAGGAUAUUGGUUCCCCCCUCCCAAGUUUCGGUGCAGCCCCUCCCUCUUGUACAGGUCCCCCCUGCCCUAGAAGAGGUUCCAAUGAUCCAAAAUCCCGAAACCCUGGCCCCUGCACUGGUUCCUCAGCCACUCAUUCAUCUAUACCAUCAUCCUGUUCCUGUCCUGAGUAGCAGGUGGCUCUGGGAGUAAUCCCGAGGUUACUACAUUGGAGGACCUGCUCCUCAGUCUCUUCCUGCUCUCCUAUACUGACUGCCCAGGACCUCUUCCCUCUUUCUACCUACGUCACUGGUGCCCAUGAGCACCACGACCUGUGUCUGUGACCUCCCUCUUGAGAAUCUUCUGAGACAUCCCGGACCCUGGGACCUGGUGUCUCUUUCACCAGUCCUAUUAAUCUGUCUAGACCUGUCUAGACAGCUUGCACCCAGACCAUAACCCCCAACACUGCUCCCAUCCACGUACCUAUCCAAACUUCUCUCAAAUGUUGAAAUCAAACCCACGUCCAUCACUUCCGCUGGCAGCUCAUUCCACACUCUCACCACCACUGAGUGAAGAAGAUUCCUCCCCUCAGAUUCCCCUGAAACAUUCCACCUUUCACCCUUAACCUGUGACAUCUAGUUGUAGUCUCACCCAACCUCAGUGGAAAAAAACUUGCUUGCACUUACCUUAUCUGUACCUCUCAUAAUUUUGUAUACCUCUGUCAAAUCUCCUCACCUUCUUCUAACACGAAGCCCUAACCUAUCCAAUUGUUCCCUAUAACUCAGGUCUUCAAGUCCUGGCAACAUGCUUGUAAAUUUUCUCUGUACUCUUUCAAUCUUAUUCACAUCUUUCCUGUAAGUAGGUGAUCAAAACUGCACACAAUACUCCACAUUAGUCCUCACCACCAUCUUAUACAACUUCAACAGAACAUCCCAUCUCCUGUACUCCUGUACUCGUUGACUGUACCUCUUCUGCCUGGCCUGCUGCGUUCACCAGCAACUUUUAUAUGUGUUGCUUGAAAUUCUAGCAUCUGCAGAUUUCCUCAUGUUUCCUGUACUCAAUAUUUUGAUUUAUGAAGGCCAAUGUGCCAAAAGCUUUCUUUAUGACCCUAUCUACCUGUGACGCCACUUUCAAGGAAUUAUGGACCUGUAUUCCCAGAUUCCUCUGUCCUACCACUCAUUGUGUAAGACCCUCCCAGUCCGCAGCACCUCACACUUCAGUUCCCAUCAGCCAACGUUCAGCCAUCUUUUUCCAUCACCGCCACAGCUGGGGUGAUCUGGAGUCCGGAGUUCAAUUCUGGUGCCGUUCUGUAAGGGAGUCUCUGUAUGUCCUGCCCGUGGAAUGCGUGGGUUUUCUCCGGGUGCCCUGGUUUCCUCCCACAGUCCAAGGAGGCUCUGGGUAGGUUAGCAGGUCAUUGUGAAUUGACAGGGUUAUCGGUUUACCAGGAAUUGCUGGGGUGGUGUGGCUCGAAGAGCUGGAAGGGCCUACUUGCGCCGUAUCGCUAAAAUAAAUGAAGUUUCCCCAGGCUCACUCUCACCCAAAGUCCCCAACUCACUGGUUAACCUCAAUUCUCAUGCACCCACCAUCUUCCCAAGUCCCAACGUCACCUCUGCAAGCCUGCCAUUGGCCUGGUUCCCUCAUGUUCCACACCUUCAAUGUAAUUAUCAAAGUAAUUACCACAUGUUACUCUGAGAUCCAUUUCCUUUUUAUUUUAUUUUAUCCAGCGUUACAGCAUGGAGUAGUCCAUCGGACAUAGGAGCUGAAUUAGGCCAUUCAGCCCAUCACUUCUGCCCCACCAUUUCCUUCUCAACCCCAUUCUUCUGUCUUCUCCCUGUAACCUUUCACAUCCUGACUAAUCAAGCCUAUCAAACUCCACUUUAAAUAUACCCAAAGACCUGGCCUCCACAGCUGCCUGUGACAAUGAAUUCCACAAAUUCAUCAUCCUCUGGCUAAAGAAAUUCCUCCUCAUCUCCAUUCUAAAUGGACACCCCUCUAUUCUGAGGCUGUGCCCUCUGGUCCUAAACUCCCCCACCAACGGAAACAUCCUCUUCACAUCCACUCUAUCUAGGCAUUUUAAUAUUCAAUGGGUUUCAGUGACAUCCCCCUCAUUCUUCUAAAUCCCAGCGAAUACAGGCCCAGAGACAUCAAAUGAUGCUCUUAAGAUAACCCUUUCAAUCUCGUGAACCUCCUCUGAAUCCUCUCCAGUGUCAGUACACCCUCUCCUCUGUAACCUUCUCACCGGGGUUCGUAUACAGACCUGGCUUGUUGGCUGACUCUGCUGUCAGCCACGGGACUCAGCUGUGGGAAGGCCCCCUUUCACAAACAAUAUACAUCUAGGGUUGGUACGACUUGGGGUUCAACCGAACAGGAACGUCGUGAUGUUCCGAUUAAAGAAACCUCGAUUUGAGUGAAUGUUGUGUAAAUACUGCCCACACACAAUUAUCCGUUGACAAGAAAUAACAGAUCGUACACCGCAUAAAAUUAUAAAGAAAGUGUAUUACCAAUUGCAGCUUUAUCAAACAAUUCCUAAGAGGAGAGAAUAAAAGGGCCCAUUAUAGUUAAACCAGUUAAAUGUACAAGUGACCAUUGGAGCUCAUAUUGUGUAAAAGCUGAGUAUAACUAUUACUCACAUCGCUGAAUUCUCAUCACUAGUUGUGGUAAACCAUUUAUAUAUAUGUUGUAACUGGGUUACCUGUCUGGACGUGCCCCUCUGCUGACUGCCCCGUGGCUCCUCCCACAGACCCAUGAAUAAAGGCGAUUUCACCCUGCUCCUCCCCCUCAGACCAAGGGCAGACACUCAGCACGGAGGUCACGUCUUACUGCGAAUAAAAGCCUUUCAGUAUUUACCCUACUUCAGUUUUUUGGAAUUAUUGAAGGUGCUUCACUAAUCACCGGUAGAGCUUCCCAUCUUGGACUCCUUCAACUCGCAAAGCAAUCAUGUCUUCCUGUCGGAUCGAAUCCUACGGGUGUCUCUCCCGAUCUUCUCUUUACUGCAUCUCCUGCCGAAAGACCCCAAACCAGACUUCUGUCCUUCAGAAAACCCUUCCCCACGGCUUUCUGGAGCCUUCUCUCACAUCCCACAAUCCCGACUGGCUGACUCACAUUCCGAAGCCAUUCCAACAUGGCUCCUUAGCUUAGCCAGAGCCAAAACACACUUUCCAGCACAGCUCACCGCUUUAACAGAAAGCUGCUAAUAUGAACAACCUCACAGCUCUGCAGUGGAAAUCUUCACCAGGGCAUUACACUUAAAUAAGGGGCCCAAACCUGCUCACAAUGUUCCAAGUGAGGCCCCAUCAGUACCUCAUAAAGCUUCAGCUGUUACGUUCUUGGCCUCUCGGAAUGAAUGUUGACUCUGCAUUUGCCUUCCUCACCACAGGCUCAACCUGCAAGUUAACUUUUAGGUCCCUUUGCACCUCAGAUUUCUUAAUUUUCUCCCUGUUUCGAAAACAGUCUACACUUCUAUUCCUUCUACCAAAGUGCAUGACCAUACACUUCCCGACACUGUAUUCCAUCUGCUACCUCUUUGCCCGUUCUCCUAAUCUGUCGAAGUCCUUCUCUAGCCUCUCUGCUUCCUCAAAGCUACCGGCCCCUCCACCUAUCUUCGUAUUGUUCUCAAACGUGGCCACAAAGCCACUAAUUCUGUCAUCCAAAUGAUUGACGUGUAAUGUAAAGGGAAGUUGGCCCAGCAUAGACACCACUAGUCACCAGCAGCCAGUCAGAAAAGACUCACUUUAUUGCCACUCAUAGUUAAUCAGCCCUUCCAGCCACGCCAUCCCAGAAACCCCUGUCAACCCCGGUUUAACACCUGGCCACGUAGAGGCAGAAAUGAGGAUCCUGAACACUCCUGGGGUGCAGUAGAGAAGGUGACCGAGGUCACGCAGAGGUGGGGGGUCCUUCAUUGUUGCCCUAAAUGCCAGCAGCGAUGGAGGCUCUUCAUCUCCGUCUGAGCUGGGCCUUCUCAUUUACAUAAGGAAGCAGUAAUCGCAAGAAGACUUACAGUGACCAAGAAACCCAGCUGGUACGUCUUUGGACUUCAGGAGGAACCCGGAGCAGCUGUACAUUCCAUGGAGAGGAAGACGGAGACUCCCUUCUGAGCAGCACCGGAAUUGAGCUUGGAACUCCGGAACGCCCUGAGCCGUAAUCGUGUUGAGUCAGCCGCUAGGCCCCCAUGGCCUCCAUGCUCUUGCAGGAAUUCAGAAAGAUACAAAGAGACAAAGAAAACCCACAUGGAAACAAAGACGGACAAACAA